AUGGCGAGCAGUUCGGCGUCAAAGCCAGCGCCGCCAGCCUCUCCAGCUCCUUCGGUUGCAGUCAGCUCACCCAUUAGCUUUCGAAACCGCCGAGGCUCGACAAACUCCAUAUUGUCGACCAUAGAUAAGGAACGCCUUAUACACGCCCUCGAUGAGAUACAUACGUCGGCGAGCCGGAGUGAUUCUCUGACCACUUUCAAUGACUAUGCUCCCCCCCCCGAGGGAAUUCCCGAUUCCGAAAGCAGAACCGGAGCCAGCGACCUUGUUCAAGGUCUCAGCGGCUUAUAUAACCGAUUUCGAGAAGCCGUUGGCGGUGUUAGCCCCACAAAGACUGUCAGAGAAGGAAAAGAUGGCAAAGAUAAUCCACUGCAAGCAUUGGAAGCUGCCUCUAAACGGUCCUCCAUCACCCCUAGCCAUGCGUCUCGGCCCUCGAUAUCGUCGCUGACUCGGGUUGACACUAAUGCUACCCUCACCACGCAAUCUACAUCUGCCCCUGUCCUGACAGACUUAUCUUCGCCUACUUUUGCGUCCACCUCUGCGGACAGCAGCCGUUCACAAGGGCCUCAGUCUACAAAGCCUACGACCAUUGGUCUCAUGGCCGGCCCGAGAUCUAGCUCCUCCAGUAGACAGAGCUUGCCAACCAAGGCCACAAGCUCCGUCAUUGCUGACCCUACCAUAGCGCCGCCUGCCAACCUGAAACGUAACGCAAGUCGUAGUACGAUCCGCACCGAGGAUAGCGUCGGGCCUGGAUCUAGCCGGAGAAGUCUCAGUAGGGCUGAACCUCAAGCAGAACAUGCUCCUCUACGUGAUGUACAAGAUUCAAGACUGCCACCACGGGCUGGUCGAAGCGAUGCUUCUAGUAUUGACGGCAGCCUGGAUGCCCCCUUCAGCCCGGUCAAAGCGACAGUCCCUACAACCCCAUCCGCCGUGCCCGGCCGCCAUCAUGUGCGGAAACCGUCUGUUUCGUCGGCCAUGCUGCAUGUGCAUGACUAUAGAAGAACACCCGCCGUGAUUGACAGAAUCAGUCGAUCCCGAUCACCGAAAUUCCCCGGCUCUAGGGACCCAUCGUCGGAUAGAGGCCACUCUGCUGCUGCUAGUGCAAUCACCACUUCGGCUCAUGGCUCUGUUCACCGCGACUCAUUUGGUCAAGGGCUGCAAUCUAGGUAUCUGCACCCGGACUCGGGUCGUGUACCUGGGACAAGUCGAGGGCAUGAACGAGCUUCUGAACAGAUGAGCGCCCAACUCGAUAAGAUGAGAAGACAGGUCUUGAGUAAGGAGUUUUGGAUGAAGGACGACACAGUGAAAGAGUGCUUCCUGUGCCAAACCCCGUUCACAGCAUUCCGUCGAAAGCAUCACUGCCGCACGUGUGGUUGUAUAUUCGACUCCAAAUGCACAACCGUGGUGUCUGGCGAAAAAUUUGGUGUUCAGGGGUCGUUGAGAGUGUGCAAGAACUGCCUUGAAGUCAUAACUCGUCGCUUCGACGGAAGUUGCUCCGAGGAUUCUGGCGAUGAGCGAUCUUUUCUACCCAGGAUCUUUGGCCCAUAUAACCCAAAAGAGUCGUCGGAGACAGUGACGAGCAAAUCCAAACCGCCAAGUGUAGCAGCGGGCUCCGAAGGGUCUGAGGAGUCUCGGCCUCUCGCCACUCCGAUGAUGGCCAUCCCGGCCACCCGUCGAGUAAGGGACUCUGCCAAUAGAACGUCAGCAGUACUGGAGAUUGAUGCUCCCCAGCUCAGCCGCCCGAGCUCAUCACGCUCACUCAGAUCACUGACUACGUCGGGUCGACCUCAGUCAUCUGCCGGUCACAAGCGCCAUCAUUCUAAGCAUGGGUUUCUUGGUCGAUUCAAGCCUACUCAGGAGCAGCAGGCCCCCUUCAGAAAAGGAAUUGACGAUGAAAAUGCCAAGACGCCGAAAUUCCCAGCCUUUCACGACGACAACAUCAUCGAUCCGGACUUGGCCGACUACAUGUCCGAGGAUUCUAGUGGAGACGAGCAGAUGGGCAUCUUUGCAACCAUGGCGGGACCAGAUGCUCAGUCCACAAGUUACGAGAACGACAGGGCGGGCUUUCCUUCUUAUGUGAAUCAAACCAGAAAGCAUAGGCAACGUCACGGCGAAAAGAGUAUCAGCGGUAUGAGCUAUGUCAGCAGAGGAUUGUAUGACGAAACAAGCGGGCCGAACAGCUUCUUAAACCACCGCAGAUCGGCACGGCGGAGAAAUCUAAGCAAUGUUAGUGCAAGUGGUCAUCUUCACAGCUCGCCUCGUCCCAAGUCUGCAGUCUACAAGGAUCCCUCAGCAUCCUCUGAAAUGAUUUUUGGAUUAGAUCAUCCAACUCAUUCCGGAACCCAGUUGAUGAGGAGUGACUCAUUGCGCAAGAGAAUGUUGCCCAAAAGGGAACUCAAUCGCUCUAGCUUGAAGCAUGUCGACAGGCUACUGCAUCAACUCCUGGACGAUGCUCAGAUUCCCAAUCCAGGCGCGUGGCAAAAGUCUCUUGUGCCUAUCCUGCUUCAGCUGACAGAUGACGUGACUCCGGAUGUCGCCAAAGGCGAAGACAUGGACCUGCGGCAUUACGUGAAGCUCAAGAAGAUACCUGGCGGGCGACCGGGUGAUACUUCCUACAUCUCCGGAGUUGUUUUCACCAAGAACCUGGCUUUGAAGAGCAUGCCGCGAAGAAUCACCAAUCCUCGAGUUGUGCUCGUGACUUUCCCAAUCGAGUACCAGCGCCAACAACAGCAAUUUAUGAGCCUGCAGCCUGUAAUCGAACAAGAGAAGGAAUUCUUACGAGUUGUGGUGCAACGCAUUACAAACCUCAGACCGCAAGUCCUACUUGCGCAGAAAGGGGUCUCGGGAGUUGCUCUCCAAUAUCUGUCCGAGGCUAACAUAUCCGUGGCCUAUAACGUUAAAGAUACCGUUAUAGAGGCUGUUGCCCGAUGUGCAGAGGCUGAAAUCAUUGAAACCUUGGACAUGUUGGCGCUUCCAGUCAAAGUCGGCCGGUGCUCUGCAUUUGAAGUGCGCACCUUUGUGAACAACGGUUACCCUGGCAGAAAGAAGUCCUACAUCUUUCUUUCCGGAUGCCGCCCGGAUUUAGGAUGCACGAUCGCGUUACGUGGAGCGACCGGCGAGCUUCUUAGGCGAGUCAAGGACAUCAUGGAGUUUAUGGUAUACGUCGUCUACAACCUAAAAUUGGAGACGAGCCUCCUUCGGGAUGGGUCUGUGGAACCUCCAGAGGACAGCGAAACCUCCCUCUCAAACUCUCUGCAGGGAUUGAAUGAGAGCUUCCGGUCUACCAACUCUGGGGGAGAGUGCAACAAGCCUGGUUUGACAAUGAUUAUCAAUCAUGCUUCAAGUGAAAGCGAGCCGCCGUCGCAAGUCACUGCGGAUAGCGCCAGUACGGGUGCUGAGGAAGCGGAUGUCUCGGCGCAGCCAGGAGCAGCGCAGAGUCAGGAGCCAGCCAAGCUUGUGUCUCUGCAUGCCAAUCAUACUCAUGUUGCCACCGACAGCCAGGUUCCGGAUGAUGUACCAAUGCCGACAUUCUACAGUGACAUGGUGGCCAAAUAUGAGACCAAAAUUCUGUCCGCGUCUCCGUACGUCAAGUUCAAGCAACCCUAUCUUUUGAUGAGAGCGCGUGAGCAGGAGAGAAGGCUUCUGUAUCUUCGCCGGCUUCGCGACCAGGAUGCUGUGGAAGAAGACUCGGAAAAAGCCGGCCGCCAUAGGUUUCAGCUCAUCAAGCCAGAAAUGGUGGAAAAGAUUGGCCAGCGAGCCUCUCGACAGGUGAUGGAGGUGCUCCACGCUGUCCAUGAUGCAGAAUACGACAAGGCCCUCUUCAAUUAUCAGACUCAAACCCGCCAAUGGGAGACCUACAUCCAAGGCAAUCUGGAUUUGUUUGACCCUUAUUCGCAUCAAAAUAUCGUGGUCCUCUUUUCUGUCAUUUGCACCGAGACAAAGAUUCCCUGUGUAGAGCCCGGCUUGGUCGCCAUCAAUUUCUAUGACGAGCAACACGUUGACACUGGCAUGGAUGCUGACUGUACGCUGGGUCAGUAUAUUGAAGACCUUGCAUACAGUAAAAAUGACAUAUGCAACUCCAACGGAUGUGAAAAGAAGCUGGCAGACCAUCACAGAACGUAUGUUCAUGAUGAAUAUCGCAUUACCGUUUUCGUGGAUCAUGUUGCGAAUCCUUCUCCACGACGUCCAGAACUUGGUGACGGCAUCACGAUGUGGACUUACUGCAAGCUUUGUAAGAAGGACUCGGAAGAAGUGGCCAUGUCUGAUGCUACCUUCAAGUACUCCUUCGGCAAGUAUUUGGAGCUUCUCUACUGGGGUCAGGGUUUAAGGAUCAAAAAUGUCGAGGGCUGUCCGCAUGAUCAGCACCGCGAUCAUGUUCGGUAUUUCAGCCUUCGCGACUCCAGAGUUCGGAUCCACUGGGACCCUAUUGACCUUCUUGAGAUUGUUGUUCCAAGGGCGAGGAUAACUUGGAAAGUAGCCAACGACUUGAAAUUGAAAAACGACAUCUACAACAAAAUGGAAGAGCGCUGGGGCAAGUUCAUGGCAUCGGUGCGCGCAAGGUUGAAGAGCAUCCGGACGGAAAGCCUUCUUCCUGAGAAAGCCGAGUUGUGCAAAGCGGAGGUAGAAAGGUUGAUGAAGAAGACCCAAGAAGAACAACCAGCCGUCAUCCGACAGAUGCAGCGCGCUUAUGUGGAGUCGAAGUACUAUGAAGUCGUUCCCUUCAAUAAGAUCAUUCGGGAUAUGUUGGAGAAGGCUGGCGAGUGGGACCAAGUAUUUGCAAAGUUCGAAGCUGAUUUUCUGGGAGACCGCGACAUGCGGCAAAUCACCAUGAUGCAGUUGAAGAAGAUCUUCACUGAUAACGAAUCUAAAGAUUCGCUAGCGUCGAACGAUGGCACUGGGUCGGCUGCCGAUAGCGACGAUCGGCCUUCUCAAACUUUUACAGAAGCUGCGGAUAAGAGCACGCAGCCCACUGAAUAUACCGACACUGGCAUGGAUAACAGCGCCAUCUCGUCUCCGCCAUUGGCCGAGAAGCAGGAAGAGGAAGAAGGAAAACUCGACGUGUCUCCGCAAGGGGCGAUCGAGCCAGUGGAAGGCUUGGAAACCACCGUAUCCCCCGAACUGACGGCGACGUCAGCCGCUGUACCGCAAAAUACAGCUGGUACCGAAGCAGUCUCUCGGAUCCCGGUUCCUCAAAAUCCUACAUCGGCCCGACCUCCGCAACCGUCUGUUGGGGCUGGCCGCAGUCCGACAGACUCGUCCAAUUUUGGCCAAUCUCUGUCCGAAAAGAUUGACCAGAUGCGUCGUGAGCAAGCCAUGCAAAACACAGAGGAUGCGUUGAUGACGCCAAGACCUGGGGCUAGCCGAACUCCUGGCCGCCAUUCAGGUUCCAGUACCUCGCCAACUUUGGUGAGGGCGCCUUCGCAGCCUGCCAGGGUGUUGCCUAAAUCGCAACCUGCUGCUACCAGAGCUCAAGGAGGAGGCAAGGACAACAUGGUUCCAGCUGCUACUGAUCCUGUGACAGAAACUCCAUCAGAGGGCUCCAUCAAGGUAGACAAGAAGCUGUCAGAUCGACUGGGGUUGACGGCCCUGAAGAGCCGCGGCAAGAGUGCAGCAUCUGGCAUUCCGCGUCUCUCACACAAAAAGAAGGAAUCAAAGGUGUCGACAUUGGCUAGACAUUUCGAGCAACUUAGCCGUGAAUUUGAGAAGGAACGCAUUCGCGAUCGCAAGGAGAGAGCCGCCAGCCUUGGACAACCUCGCGCCAGGCUCCCGAGAACAUCGACGAAAGCCAUUGUGCAAGUCUAUGACGAUGUAGCUGAAGCAUUUGAAGAACACGGGCCCUCGAAUGAGCAGUUUUCUGGUCGCGACAGCGAUCAGUUUCAAAAUAAAGCAGCGCCACAAAAGGCCGAAGAAGACGCGUUCCCCAAGCCUGAGCCUGUCGCUACGCUGCCGACCCCUAUUGAGGAGGAGGCGGAUGGCAAAGUUGGAGAAGAAGGAGAAGAGGGAGGUGGUCAGAAGACAGAGAAUGGGGCUGUUCCCGAGGGUGAAACCAGCCAGGCGACCUCGGAUGAUGAAGCAGCAACCAGCGACAUCGAAUCUUCUAUUGCAGACGAGUUCCUGCCCGACAUUCAAGAAUUAGCCGAAGCUCUAGAGCCAAGCACCGAAAUUCCCCUGGAACUCCCAAAACACCAAAAAACGAGUCUGAUGAAAUACCUCACAAAUUUCUGGGCGGAGACGUCAGCAAGCGGAUGGCCACCUCUCGAGUACCCCAUCAACCCUACAGAUCACAUAUUUGUCGAUUCCGACAUCAUUGUUCGAGAGGAUGAGCCAAGCUCGGUCAUUGCGCUUGCGCUGAACAGCGACGAUUAUAAAAACAAGCUUUCCACAAUUAGAAGGGAGGCUCAGGGAGUGAUACAACGUGAAGUAGAAGGGCCUAGCGACGGCGAAGCUCCAUCUCUACCGACAUCGGAGGCUGGCGACUACAUGGUUGACGAGACGGAGCUGGAAAAGAGCUUACUUCGAGCAACCGGCACGCAUCUGAAGUAUCAAUUCAAGGAAGGUGCUGCGAUGAUGACCUGCAAGAUUUUCUACGCAGAACAAUUUGACGCCCUCCGACACAAAUGCGGAGUGGCUGAGAGAAUAAUUGAAACCUUGUCCCGCUGUCUCAAAUGGGACUCUAGGGGUGGAAAGACCAAGUCUGUUUUUCUCAAGACACUGGAUGAUAGACUUGUGUUGAAGAGCUUAUCUCCUGUUGAGACCUCGGCGUUCCUGCGGUUCGCUCCCGGGUACUUUAGCAUCAUGGCCGAGGCAUUGUUCCAUGACCUGCCGUCUGUGAUUGCCAAGAUGCUAGGAUUUUUCCAAGUCAUCAUCAAGAACCCGACUACAGGCACGGAUAUCAAGCUCGAUCUUCUGAUGACGGAGAACCUGUUCUACGACCGGUCGCCGACACGAAUUUUCGACCUGAAGGGGUCCAUGCGCAACCGUAAGAUUCAGUCAACGGGCGAGCAGAAUGAAGUCUUGCUGGACGAGAACAUGGUCGAAUACAUCUAUGAAUCGCCGUUGUUUGCGAGAGAGCAUUCCAAAAAGCUUCUCCGAGCGUCAGUUUGGAACGACACGCUGUUUCUUGCCCGGCAAAACGUGAUGGACUAUUCGUUGAUGAUUGCGGUUGACGAAGAGAGGAAGGAGCUGGUAGUGGGCAUCAUUGACUGCAUAAGAACGUAUACGUGGGACAAGAAGCUUGAGAGUUGGAUCAAGGAUCGAGGGUUUGCGGGCGGUGGUCGAAACAGACCAACUGUGACGAGCCCAAAGGAGUACAAGUCCCGCUUUAGGGAGGCAAUGGCAAGAUAUAUCCUCCAAGCCCCCAACUGCUGGCACUUGUUCAACAACCCACAGCUUUCUACAAACUACAGCCGCGCCAGAUUCGAGGAGCCGGAAGCUGCUGCGCCAUGA